AGAUCCUAAUACACACAAAAAUUCACAAAACCCUCCAUAGAAAUCCUAGUCUCCUAGCGUGAAUCCAAGAACUUUGUCAGUCAUGGCCAUCCUCUCUGAUUAUGAAGAGGAUCAGCAGCAUCAACAAUCUUCUUCUUCUUCUUCCUUGUCUUCUAAGAAAGACAUCAUUCUUGCUGAGAAAGAACCUGAGGCCACAGCCAAAAAGCCAGAGGAGGAGGAGGAGAAGCAGCAGAAAGAGAACAAACUUGUUCCCAACAAAGACAAUGGCCUUGAUAUGGAGAAUUAUUCAUGGGGUCAAUCCCUUCAGGAAGUCACUGUAAACGUGCCAGUCCCUCAAGGCACUAAAUCCAGCCUUCUUUUGUGUGACAUAAAGACGAACUCUUUGAAGGUUGGUCUCAAGGGUCAGCCUCCAAUCAUCGAUGGAGAGCUAUACAAGCCUGUGAAAGUUGACGAUUGUAUUUGGAGUUUGGAGGAUAAGAAGAUGAUCACUAUUCUUAUUUGCAAGAGAGAUCAGAGCGAGUGGUGGAAAUCUUUGUUGAAGGGUGAUCCAAAGAUUGACACACAAAAAGCUGAACCAGGGCCAAGCAAGUUGUCUGACUUGGACUCUGAGACCCGUUCUGCUGUGGAGAAGAUGAUGUUUGAUCAGAGGCAGAAACAGAUGGGACUUCCAACAAGCGAUGAGAUCCAAAAACAAGAGUUGAUGAAACAAUUCAUGGCUCAGAAUCCCAACAUGAAAUUCCCCCCAGGAGCUCAGUUCAUGUGAGAUUAGGAAGACAGAAAGAUUUGAUCUUUUUUAGUUCGUAGUUGAUGUUUAUGGCUAUAGGUUAGACUAUAUGCAGUUCUAAUUUUUGUUGCUUUCCUUUAGGAUUAAUAAUUUGUUUACAAAUUUAAGCCUGU